AUGAACUUUAAAAUAGAUGAACAAAUAAGGGAGUACAAUUUGCUCAAGGACAGGUUUGUUGAUACCGAAACAGAAUUGCGUAAAUUACGAGAUACUUUGAAAGUAGUGCAGAAGAAGGCAAGCAAAGUCGAUGAAUUACAAGCGCAGAUAAAAACAUUGGAGCAAAAAAAUGAGCAAUUAAAGAAUUGCCUGAACAAAAAAUCAGCCUACAAAAGAAAGAAAUGA